AUGUAUGCAAGAAAUUGCAACAUAUGGGGCAGCAUUCCAGAUGAAAUUGGCAAUUUGAGUAGCCUCAUCACUUUAGAACUAUGCUGUAAUCAGCUAAGUGGGAUGCUGCCAAAUACCAUAAAAAACUUGGAAAAGCUUCAACAGAUAGAUCUUCACGACAACAAGUUGAGCAAAACCUCCCUUGAGUAUCUAUGCGUUUGGCAAAACUUGGGUGGAUUGUUUUUGGGAGAAAAUCAAAUUUCGGGAUCUAUUCCAGAGUGCAUUGGAAAUGUUACUUCUUUGAGAUUUCUUUCUCUAGAUUCCAACAAACUAAACUCUAGUCUGCCUAUCACUGUAUGGAACCUGAAAGACUUGUUGGUGCUUAACCUCUCCAGAAACUACCUGAGUGGAACUUUAUCUCCUGAGAUUAGGAACUUAAAGACAGCAAUUUCUAUUGAUUUGUCAAUCAAUGAGAUUUCAGGUGGUAUUCCUAGCUCCAUCGGAGAUAUGGUGAACUUGCAGAACCUUUUAUUGGCAUACAACAGAUUGGAAGGAUCAAUUCCAGUGUCAAUUGGCACGACUUUGAGCUUGGAAUGGUUGGAUCUUUCACACAAUCAUCUCACAGGUACGAUUCCAAUGUCAUUGGAGAACCUUCGGUAUCUUGUACACUUCAAUGUCUCUUGCAACAAUUUAAAAGGCGAAAUACCAUCCAAGGGCCCUUUUACAAACUUCACUGGAGAAUCCUUCAUUUCAAAUGAAGCACUUUGUGGAGCACCUCGGUUCCACGUUCCCUCAUGCCCAGGAAUUUCUGGUGGUCAAUUGAGAGCCAAAAAGCUGCGUCGGACUAUAUCUGUUGCCCUUGGAGCAUUUAUAUCAGUUGCAGUUGCGAUGUUCCUGGGAUUCAUUUAUUUCAGACGCACAAAGAAAGAACAAGUUGCCAGUGAAGGAGUUCUACCGUCAGCAGCAACACAGGAAAGAAUCUCGUAUUAUAAACUUUUGCAAGCAACUGACGGGUAUGAUGAGAGCAAUCUGUUGGGCACAGGAAGUUUUGGAUCAGUUUAUAAAGGCACCCUUGAUGAUGGGAGGAUUGUUGCUGUUAAAGUGUUUAAACUGCAACAAGAAGGAGCAUUCAAUAGUUUCGAUGCAGAAUGUGAAGUAUUGCGUAGCCUUCGUCAUCGAAACCUGACGAAAGUCAUUAGCAGCUGCUCAAACGAAGACUUCAAAGCAUUGGUGCUUGAGUUUAUGCCUAAUGGAAGUCUUGAGAAAUGGUUGUAUUCCCAUAACUAUUUUCUCGAAAUCAAGCAGAGAUUAGACAUAUUGAUUGAUGUGGCAUGUGCACUACAAUAUCUCCACUACGGUUUUUCAACGCCAGUGGUUCAUUGUGAUGUGAAGCCCAGUAAUGUGCUCCUAGAUCAAGAUAUGGUUGCCCAUGUGAGUGAUUUUGGUGUUGCAAAGUUGCUGGGACAUGAGGACAGCUUUACAUACACCAAAACAUUAGCCACACUUGGCUAUCUUGCUCCAGAGUAUGGACUGGAAGGACAAGUAUCAACAAGAUGCGAUGUUUACAGUUUUGGAAUCAUGAUUAUCGAAGUCUUUACAAGAAAAAAUCCCAGUGAUGAAAUGUUUGGCGAAAUAUUGAGCCUGAAGAGUUGGGUGAGUGAUUCUACGCCGGAUGGACUGGUUCAUGUUGUUGAUGUUAAUCUGCUGAGGCCCAAUGAUGAACACCUCGAUGAAAAGUUGGACUGCAUUUCAUCAAUCAUGAAAGUGGCUUUGAAUUGCACAAGGGAAUCUCCAAGGGAGAGAAGCAAUAUGCAUGAUGUUCUUGCAGAUUUGAAGAAGAUCAAACUUCAGCUACUGCCAUGUUCAAAUUAAAAGG